AUGCCGCGACUCUGUGCGAAGAGGAGAAGGGACACGCCGGGGCCGGACGGAGUGGAUAGUCCCUGGACUACCUUGAUGCUCCCUGGAAAAAUGGAGAUGGCAGAAGAAGAUAUAAAAUUUAUCACCGAUGAGAAGUUUGACUUUGGUCUGUCUUCUCCUUCAGACAGCCAGGAGGAGGAGCGUGUCGAGGAGGAGGAGCUCCGGCACGUUGACAGGGGUGUGGCACAAAGGCUCGACCUGAACGUGCAGCAGAGGGAGGGCGCCAGAGAGUGCCUGGCCCGAUGGAGCCCGCUGAGUCCCGAGAAGCUGGAGGAGAUCGUGAAAGAGGCCAACCGGCUGGCCGUGCAGCUGGAGAGAUGCAGCCUGCAGGAGAAGGAGAACGCCAGCUCCGGGGCGCUGGGUCCAGCCGGAGAGCCCCUUAUGCCUGCGCGGCUCCCGCACAAGGAGCGGGCAAGCCCCCGGAGCCCCCGGCGCGAGACCUUCGUGGUGAAGAACAGCCCUGUCAGGGCGCUGCUGCCCACCGUGGAGCCAGGAACGCCCCUCCCCAUGGGGAAAAGCCCCUCGCCAUGUGCUAGAGCAGCGCUGACUCCCCCCCGCCUCCGACACAAACUGGGCAGCUGCUCCGCUGGCAGCGAACGGCUCCGUAAGAAAUCCACCCCCAGCAAGGGCCCUGCUCUGUCGCCCACAAAGAGACCUCAGAGCAGCAAGAAGCUGAGCCUCCAGGACCCGCCCCACAGCCGUGCGUCGCCCACAGCGGGGAGGAGAGAACUGAUGGGCCCCAGGUCGUCCCCCCCCCGGCCCCGCCCUGCACACCAGCCCUCGCCGCCCCGCAGGAGAGCACAACCACUUCAGGAAGCAAGUGCAGGUCGGGCUAAGGCCUCCAGGGAUAAUGCUCCCCAGCUCCCAGCCAGCGCCGGGCCUACCGACAGUGCACACGCCCACCAGACCCAGGCCACGAGCACGGCCGCCCCUGUGCCCACGAGUCGCCGCCUGAUGCCCAGCGGCAUCCCCAAGCCAGCCAGUCGCAGUGUCGUCCUGAGCAGGGCUGCUGUGUCCGGGAGGCCCAGCCAACCACAGCCCAUGGGCCAUGGCUCAGCUGGCAGGAGGGUGCUGCCGAGCGCAGCCGGACAGAGAGGCCCUGGCCCCCAGCGGGCAGCCCCUCCAGGCAGCAGGCUGCAGCCGCCCCGGAAGGUGACCUUGCCCAGCUCUCUGAGGUAAAGCUCUCCCACUGUGUGGGGUGUGAGCCAUACAGGAGCAGAGCUGCAGAUCAGAGCAAUCCCUGAGAGCGGUUUGCCCCAGGGCUGGCGCCACCUGCAGGCUUCCUACAUAACUGCAUGGACACUUCAGGAGCAAAGCUGCCCGUCAGUGAGAGCAGAGUCCUUGCCUGUGGCCAGGCCUAGGUUGCAGCCACCUCGCUGCAAGAUUCCUGUGGCAGAAGCUGUCCGUCUCGCCCUGUGUGUUCUGCAGCCCGUCAGUAGCUGUCUUGUUGAUUAACCCUACAGCCAUUUGUCCUCCCCGCAGGCCUGGGGCUGCUCCCUGAGAAAUCACUUUGGCUUUGGCCCAGGAUCCCCCAGCGCUAAGGGCCCAGCACCCCCAGUUGAGCCAGGUUUGCAGAAGGGCUCUGCAUGGUGGGUGUUGAGCUCUCUAGGAAACCUGGAUCCAUGUCGUCCCAGCACAUGGGCUUUGGUCUUUAAUCUUCCUCCCCCCUGGUCAUCUGCGCCCAUUGAUGGAUGUCUGACACCCCCAAGUCCAUCUGGCCUGCCUCACUCGGCUUCCUGCCCUGACACUGGACUGCGAUAAAACGGUUUGGGACCAGACACCGCCGAGACCCCGAUCCUCCUCAUGCUGGCAGAACCAGACUGACCCUUCACCUGCCUGCGGGGCAUUGUCUUGCUGUGCCCGGGCAUCCAUCAGCAGCACAUGCCAGCUUGGAGGACACAGGAGAACUCAGGACCGCCACCUGCUAGGCUGGCAGCCUGAACUCCCCAGUUUUGAGCCUCUGGAGUGAAGGCGCUUUGCAGGGUCCUGGUUAGUUUUACUUUGCUUUUUAGAUGAAUUAGUGGGAAAUGCUGAGCUUGUUCCGUGCAUGUGGACCAUGCUGGCCUCGCCUGAUCUCAUAUGGCGGCUGCCUCCCUACGUGUUUAGUGGUUAUAGAUGGAGCGGGCCAGGAAACGGGGCUUCCCUGGAAAAUCAAAAUCCAAAAUAGUUUGAUUCUGAAAUGCUGCCGCAGUGCCUUGUGGGAGUUGUAGUUCAGGUGUCUUGUGCCCCAUUGUUCUCUAAAGGUUAAGCGCCCUGGUCAGACUACAUCUCCCAUGGUGCACCAUGGAAAGGGGAAGCAGUGCCUCAUGAGAAUUGUAGUUUGGGUGCCUCACACUCCCAAUCUCUGUGUGCCAGGCUCCCUGAUCGGAUUCUGCCUCCAUUACUUGUUCUGGCCUGGCAUUUGCCAUCAUGCAUGGCCUCCUCUCACCAAGAGGAGAGACCAUGGGACAUGAUGGGAAAUGUCUCAAAACUAUAUUACAGUUGGAAAAGGUACAGAAAAGGGCAACAAAAAUGAAUAGGGGCAUGGAACAGCUUCCAUCUGAGAGAUUAAAAAGACUGGGACUGUUCAGCUUGGAAAAGAGACGACGAAGGGAGGAUAUGAUAGAGGUCUAUAAAAUCAUGACUGGUGUGGAAAAAGUAAAUGAGGAAGUGUUAUUUACUCCUCAUAAAAUAAGAACUAGGGGUCACCCAAUGAAAUUAAUAGGCAGCAGGUUUAAAACAAACAAAAGGAAACAUUUCUUCACACAGCGCACAUUCAACCUGUGGAACUCCUUGCCAGACGAUGUUGUGAAGGCCAAGACGAUAACAGGGUUCAAAAAAGAACUAGGUAAGUUCAUGGAGGAUAGGUCCAUCAAUGGCUAUUAGCCUGGACGGGCAGGGAUGGUGGCCCUAGCCUCUGUUUGCCAGAUGCUGGAAAUGGGUGACGGGAUGGAUCACUUGAUGAUUCCCUGUUCUGUUCAUUCCCUCUGGGGCACCUGGCAUGGGCCACUGUCGGAAGACGGGAUACUGGGCUAGAUGGACCUUUGGUCUGACCCAGUAGGGCCAUUCUUAUGGUCUUAGCCUUGCCAGGGAGCCCAGGCAAUAGAGGACAACAGGUGCAUGAGGCACCACGACUGCAUUUCAGAAUCAAAAUACUUAGUUUUGGGGUGAGUUUCUCAACAAAAACUGGAAAAUUUCUUUGGAAAUUAGAAACACUUCAUCCCAGGCUCUGUAACUGGGGCCUGAGCCUCGGAGAGGCCCCUGGAGGUAGUAUCCGAGCCGAAAGUGGCUCAGCUGAUCUGGGGCCCAUGUUCGUGGGAGCCACCU